UCAGAGGCCUCGCUUCCUCCCUGGCGCCGCCCAGUUCACUACUGGGGGGCGGGGCGAAAGCCGGACUGAGAAACGAGGCGGGGCAGCGGCUGUGCGCGUGCACGGAAGAGAGGCGAGGUGAGGGGCGGUGUCGCCGCAGCCGGCCUCGCUUGAGUUAUCUGCGACAAGAUGCAGGACCCCAACGCAGACACUGAGUGGAAUGACAUCUUACGCAAAAAGGGCAUCUUGCCCUCAAAGGAAAGUUUGAAUGAUUUGGAAAAGGAAGCAGAGGAGGAGGAGCAGCGAGUCCUUCAGCAGUCCGUUGUGAAAACUUAUGAAGACAUGACUUUGGAAGAACUGGAAGAGAAUGAAGAUGAAUUUAAUGAGGAAGAUGAACGAGCUAUUGAAAUGUACAGGCAAAAAAGACUAGCUGAGUGGCAAGCAACCAAACUGAAGAAUAAAUUUGGAGACGUUUUGGAGAUCUCAGGAAAGGAUUAUGUUCAAGAAGUUACCAAAGCUGGAGAGGGCUUGUGGGUAAUCUUGCAUCUUUACAAACAAGGGAUUCCCCUCUGCGCCCUGAUAAAUCAGCACCUCAGUGGACUUGCCAGGAAGUUUCCUGAUGUCAAAUUUAUCAAAGCUAUUUCAACAACCUGCAUACCCAAUUAUCCUGAUAGGAAUCUGCCCACAAUAUUUGUUUAUCUUGAAGGUGAUAUCAAGGCUCAGUUUAUCGGCCCUCUGGUGUUUGGUGGCAUGAACCUGACCAUGGAUGGUAAGGACCUCUUUGAGGUGGUCAGUGCAUGAUAGGCAUGGCGAGGGAUAUUUCUGUUGAAGAGAGUACCUGUUUCCUUCCUAGACACGUGUUACGGUGAUAUAGUGAUUUGUCAAGCUCAACUUUGCUCCUGUGGGAGGGAUUGUUAAAAGGGAAGAAGCAGAUUUAAUCUCUCAUCUUGGACCAGUCAAUAGGGGCAGUUACAACUGAGCUCUAACAAUUCU